CUACGACCUCUGUGAUACCCCAAUCUCCCAGAUUGUCUGCUUUACGAUACCCCAGGCGACGACCUAAUUAUUGAUACCCCGUCACCAUACAACCUGACCACCCUAAUACCGAUACCCCAAGCCGACCAAGAGCCUCGCCACGAGACCCAUAAACCCCCUUCAACCAAUACAUCAUCAUCGACUCGUCAAUUGGCCCAGUCUUCAUUCAAUCCCUGUUGUACAGACCUCUGUCAAACAGUCCAGCAUGUCUACCGCCGUCAACAAGCCUACCGACCCCAAGGUCAAGGAGGCCGACAUCAACCGCAAGCUCCAGAUCUACGGAAUCAUCUCCGCCUUCCAGGCUGGAAAGGUGCCCUCGAACGAGCAAAUCGAUGUCGCCUUGAACAGCUUUCUUGCCUCCAGGGCGCUCUCGAACCCGUCCAACCGCCUCUCUGCCGAGGGCCGCGAGCUCGUCGCCGAUGUUCGCGCUGUUGUAACCGAGGCGAAGAAGCUCCUCCUCUCCAAGAACGAGGGCAAUCUUCUCCAGGACUUCAUUUGGCAGAGCACCCAGUUUGACCCCAAGGCCGUUGGCACCCCCAAUGCCCCAAUCACCAAGGACUCGGCCAAGCAGGACGGCGACAAGGCCCUUGAGGGGCUCCGCACCCUUGGCACGCUGCUCAUUACGAACGGCCAGUUCCGCAAGCUCUUGAGCGAUGCUACCAUCCUUUUGCGCGACAUGGCUGGCGAUGCCGCCACCAAUGUCGCCAGCAAGGUCAAGCCUUCGGACGAGGCGCUCCAGCGCAUGGAUGAGCCCGCUGCCGACCACACCUGGCACGAGAAGCCCGACCUGUCCAAGGACAACAUCAGGGCCCAGGCGCAGGGCCUGUACAAGAACUCUCAGUCUGGCCAGGAUGCUCAGGCUGCUGCUCAGCAGUCUGCCAAUGCUGCGCGCAACCCUGACGGUACCAUUGACGCGCAGGCUGGUGCUCGCACCGCGAUCAACGAGGCCAAGAACCGUAUCGACCCCCAGACCAAGGAGAGUGCGAAGGAGACUGCUGCCCAGUACCGCGCGCGCACCCGUGAGUACCUUGGCAAGAAGAUGCCCGAGGAGCGCCGCGACCAGACUAUCUGGCGCCUGAAGAAGAUGGUGCUCGAGUGCCAGCAGCACCCUGACUACCAGCAGGCUGUGUCCACUUUGCUUGACCUCGCUGAGCAGUAUGGUCAGCACGGAAGACACGUCACUAACAGCAGCGCCGGCACUGUCAAGCAAGCCCGCACCGGCCUGCAGGCUGCCGAAGCGGACUUGCGCACGCUGAUCGAGCGUUUUGCGAACGGUACCUCGUCCGAGGACCUUUGGGCCUCUAUUCGUGCGGUGUACGAUGCUGCGGACCGGGAUCCUGAGCUCAAGGACUGGUUCAAGGCUAUCGACACUUACGUCCGCAAGUGCCUGCAACAGCAAGGCUACAUCAUGGAGGAGGAGUCCAACCGCGAGUGGGAUCGUCUCUAUGACAAGGGAAACUUCCUUCUCCGCAACAAGUACAAGGGCCACACUGAUCGCAUUGUGGACGAGAUCAAGUUCCUUGCCGACCAGUUCGACCAGGACCGCCAGAACAAGGCCUUCGCCGCUGCCGUCGAGAAGCUCUUCCUGGACCUCGGCAAUGACAACCAGGGCAAGCCGACGUACAAGCCUCACCUCGUCAAGGAUCUGACUGACGUCAUUGUUCCUGCCGUCCUCGAGAAUAUUGCCUAUGUUCCCAUUCCCAGAAUUGAGUUCUCCGACCACCAAAUCGAUGCUGUUGUCGAGAACUUGGUUCUUGAGAGUGACAACUUUGCUCCCAAUGUUCUCGAGAUUGCCAGCGACAACUACUGGCGCUGGGGCCGCAAGAACGUUGCCAACAAGAACAAGAACAGCAUUGACAUCAAGGUUGCCGGUGUUCAGCUGGACCUCCGCGAGGUCAGCUACUACGUCAAGCGCAAGCAGGGUUUCCCGUCUCUCACCGAUACCGGCAUGCUCAACGUCCGCCUUGCUGGCGAGGGUCUGUGCUUCCGCAUGAAGCUGUCCACUGCCGACAAGUCAGACAAGCAGCACUUCUUCAAGGUCGACAAGGUCGACGUUGAUGUGAAGAACCUGGAGAUCAAGGUCGUCAAGUCUAAGCACAAGCUGCUCUUUGGCCUUUUCAAGCCCUUGGCGCUCAAGACCCUCCGUCCCGUCAUCCAGAAGGUGGCUGAGAAGCAAAUCAAGGACCAGUUCAACCAGUUUGAUGCGCUGCUCUACGCCAUCAAGCAGGAGGCCGACCGUGCCAAGGAGGAGGUCCGCGAGAACCCCGAGGAGGCUCCCAACGUCUACAACCGGUACAUCUCUGCUGCUCAGAAACGCAUCAUGCAGGGCAAGAAGAAGGCCGAAGAGGUCGCCGCCGACAAGAAGGUGAACAUGGCCGUCACCCGCGAGGACAGCAUCUUCCCCAACAUCAAGCUGCCCGGUGGCAUCAGCACCAAGGCCACCGAGUACAAGGAGCUUGCCCGCAAGGGUGAGAAGUGGGAGAGCCCUGUCUUCUCCAUCGGCAGUGCCCCGAAGAGCAACGACAUUCCAUCCGCACCUAGUGUCGUGCGCAAGCCCCACGUGACUGCUUCGCCCUCCAACCCGACCACUUCUCUGAACAACACUGGUGGCAACUUCAACAGCACCUCCGCCAUCGGCGGUGGCCUGAACGGCACCCAGGUCAAGCCUGGCCCCAUUGACGACUACGGUGUACCCGUCACCAACAACGUCCGUGUUUAAACGCCUUCGCGCGCGCGAUAGCACUGUUUGCAAAAGUAUACCCCGUGGUGGAAACUACUGGAUCAGUUGACGAUGCGUCACUUGAUUGGAGGAGAGCUGGUGAUUAAUACAACAAAACUGCUUUUUCUUUUGUUUACUGAUGCACUUGAGUUAACAAUUAAUAUGAAAUAAUGAUUCAUCUUUACACGAACA